UAUUUCUGGUUAAGCGACACAGCUUGAGUUCAUCGACUGAGAGCUUUGCUGUGCAAAAUCUAACGAGAAUCUUAGGAGAAGAUCUGUCAGUUCAUAAGCUAAGUUUGUGUGUCGGAGCCACAGGACCUUCGCUAUUGUCGUUAGGCUACGAUCUGCUAAGAUGACAGAGCUGAGGCACCGUGGAGCCAGAGACACCGACCCAGCGUUACAACAGCAGCCGUCAGAGGACAAGGUCUCAGACAGUGAGCUGAAGGUGGAAAAAGAUGGGGUGUCAGACAGUGAGUCUAAAGUGGAUUCAGGGGUUCCAGAGGUGCCAGUUCCUGCAGAUGACACCCCUGAGGUCCUAAACAAAGCCCUGUCUGGACUAUCCUCAAGAUGGAAGAACUGGUGGGUACGAGGCAUCCUCACACUAGCCAUGAUCUCCUUCUUCUUCUUCAUCAUCUACCUGGGCCCCAUGGUGCUUAUGAUGAUUGUCCUCUGUGUUCAGAUCAAGUGCUUCCAAGAAAUCAUCACCAUUGGCUACAGCGUUUACCAUUCCUACCACCUCCCCUGGUUCAGGACGUUGAGCUGGUACUUCCUGCUGUGUGUGAACUACUUCUUCUAUGGUGAGACCGUGACAGAUUACUUCUUCACACUAGUGCAAAGGGAGGAGCCGCUUCGUAUCCUUAGCAAAUACCACCGCUUCAUCUCCUUUGCCCUCUACCUCACAGGUUUCUGCAUGUUUGUGCUGAGUCUGGUAAAGAAACACUACCGCCUUCAGUUCUACAUGUUUGGUUGGACCCAUGUGACUCUACUGAUUGUGGUGACUCAGUCUCACCUUAUCAUUCACAACCUGUUUGAGGGGAUGAUCUGGUUUAUAGUGCCAAUUUCCUGUGUGAUCUGUAAUGACAUUAUGGCCUACAUGUUUGGAUUCUUCUUUGGCCGCACCCCUCUCAUCAAGCUGUCACCUAAGAAGACAUGGGAGGGAUUCAUUGGUGGGUUCUUCUCCACCAUUGUGUUUGGCAUCAUGCUGUCCUAUGUGAUGGCCGGCUACCGCUACUUUGUGUGUCCAGUGGAGUUCAACAAUGACUCCAACAGUUUUCAGGUGGACUGUGAGCCAUCUGACCUUUUCCAGCUCCAGGACUACGCCCUGCCCAGUAUCCUGGAGUCUAUCACUGGAUGGACCACAGUGCGCCUCUAUCCGUUCCAGAUCCACAGCAUCGCUCUCUCCUCCUUUGCUUCCAUUGUGGGGCCCUUUGGUGGCUUCUUUGCCAGUGGCUUCAAGAGGGCCUUCAAGAUCAAGGAUUUUGCCAACACUAUCCCAGGUCAUGGUGGCAUUAUGGACAGGUUUGACUGUCAGUACCUCAUGGCCACAUUUGUCAAUGUCUACAUCGCUAGCUUCAUCAGGGGCCCCAAUCCCAGCAAGGUGAUCCAGCAGCUCCUGGCCCUCCGUGCCGAUCAGCAGCUCCACAUCUUCAACUCUCUGAAGGCUCACCUGACAGAGAAGGGUCUGCUGCCAGCACUGGAGGAGGCCGCCGCCUAGGUCCACCCGCAUCCACACCGGCUCACCCUGAAGGGGGAGACAGAGAGGGAGGGCAGCACCUGUGGGUUCUGUGCAGCCCUGGAGAUCUGGGAGACUCGCAGUGCUAUGUGUGAGCCAGAACACAUCUGAGAAAAAAAAAACCCUAAAACAAAGAAAAACACAAAAAACUACAGCCUUGGAUCAUUCCAUUUCAUUUGGGUAUGAGAGUCGUGUUUGUGCUCAUACGGUCUAUGAAUCAUGUUUCUCACACCAGUGUUUUCAGGUUGAGUUAGUGAAUUACUGUACUGUUACACAUUUCCAUUAUAGCUAACUUGUAUCUAUUCACACUGUUGAACAAAAUGUUGGUCAGCUGUACAUUUCUACCUGUAUACAGGACAUCCUCUAUAUACCUAUUAAUGCGUGUUAAUAUUUUAUUGUACAAUUUUUUUUGUUUUGUUUUAAUGCACUGCUCUCAACCCUGUUACUCACUGUAUUGUUCCUCCAGCUGCACCCUACCCCACAAUUUAAGUUUUAAAUUUCUUUGUUGUGAUUGUUUCUAUUUAUACAUAGAUGGUUUUUAUAUUUGGUAUGUUCUAUUAUAUCUUAAGGUCUCUGUGUCUGUUUUAUUCAGACUGAAUUCACUUUUGCCAUCUGCCAUGUGCAUUUAUGUGUAUGCGUCUUUUCCUGUGUUGGCUGCCAUUCAUCAUUUCAAAGCCUGUCAUGCUUGGCCAAAUCAUUAUCAUCGUAUUAUCGCGUGUUAUCAUGCAGAAAUAUAAGAUGAAUGACUAAACUACA